AUGCCACCAUCAGCCAUCACCUCUUCGCCUCUCAAAUACAGGCAGCCAGUCACACGUCAACGCUCAGCUGAACCUUUCGCACCACCCGUACCUGCUAAGCCUAUAGACUUGAAUAGCUCAACCAAGUCGACAGAUAGAGAGACUGGACAAAAGAUAACUAGAAGGGCGUUUCUAUGUGAUAUAGUAGUGGAAAAUCAGGGAGAGGGAAUAGCUAGAUGCGAUCCUGACCCUCAGACCGCGAAAGUUGCUGUGCAUAUUGACGAAGAAGGAUUAGCGGAGAAUCUACCUAUAGGCGAAGAUGCACCUUUACUGUGUAUUCGCCUUCAGCCGAUGACGGGAGGUUUAUGCCGGUUCUCCUAUUCUACGGUCGAUGCUGUCGAUGAGGAUCGAAUGGUUAUCGAUAUCAGCGAAAUCAUUGACCGUAUAGUCACUACUGGUAGAUGGGCAAGGAUGCUUCGAGCCCAAGGAUAUAAUGUAUGA